AUGGAUACACUUUUGGGCUACAUCAUAGAACCUAGGAUGCAGGCAGCAAACGUCUCGAUGUUCCCGUGGUUGUUGUGGUUCAUAUGGAAAGCUCGCAAUGAUAUGUGUUUUACUGCAAAGAACGUAUCGCCUUUGGACACAGUUCAGCACGCAAGGCAGGAGACAGAGGAGUGGAGAGUUGCUCAAAUAGUCGAGGAAGUCAUCGAGGAGGAGCAGGUGGAGCGGGAGCUAGAACAACCGGUGGUACAGCCAGCUCGGUGUAGAUGGAAGUGCCAGGUGGAUGCUUCUUGGAAAUCGACAACAAAAGGGGUAGGAGUCGGCUUUGUACUGCUCGACGAUGACCGCGUGAUCAUGGUGGGACUUAGGAACUACACUCGAGCAGCCUCUCCCUUACAGGUGGAAGCGGAGGGCCUCAGUUGGGCCAUGAAGGAGCUGCUCCAUCGCGACUUCAAAGACGUUAGGUUUGAGUCUGACUGUCAACAGCUGGUCUGA